AGAACUCGUGUACAAUAAGAGGUAACUCGUAUAGAAUAUAGAGAGAACUCGUAUAGAAUAAGGGGGAACUCGUAUACAAUAAGAGGGAACUCGUAUAGAAUAAGAGGGAACUCGUAUAGAAUAAGAGGGAACUCGUAUAGAAUAAGAGAGAACUCGUAUAGAAUAAAACAUAACUCGUAUAGAAUAAUGGGGAACUCGUAUAGAAUAAGAGGGAACUCGUAUAGAAUAAGAGGGAACUCAUAUAGAAUAAAACAGAACUCGUAUAGAAUAAGAAGGAACUCGUAUAGAAUAAGAGAGAACUCGUGUAGUCUGAGAACUUGUGUAGUCUAAGAAAGAACUCGUGUAGUCCAAGAGAACUCGUCAGGAGGUGAAUUGUGGUGUGUGUAGCUGAGCACUUCUUUAUAUUCCUCCGCCUCCCUCCACCCUUCAUAGGCUGUGUUCUCUGAUUCGCGCUCCACACACACUCUCUGUGUUCACCGCGCUGGAGUUGCCGUUGGAGGCUGGAGGAAACCGGAGGCGCGUUCAAAUGGGGCUGAUACAAAUGAUCUUACUGGUUUUGCACACACGACACCCGAAAAAUCAACCGCAAAACUAACUCGCUUGAGAUGUGGCUCAGAUUUGACGUCUCCGCGCUCGUGCGCACCUGACGUCUUAAAAACUGUACAAGUUAAAUAUUGUGCCUUGGCACCCGGUCCGGAGCGCCAUGCCCUCGGAUUCACGGCGCACUCCAUCAUGCUGAGCAACUCGGCCGCUCUCGUGCUCACUCUGAGCGCUGUGGCGGGUCUCGCACCGCGCUCGGGUGCCUGGAGCGAUGACAAGCUCGUGGCAGCGCCCAUCAACUCCACCAGCGGCUUUCUGGCCAGCUUGGAGGUGGGCUAUUCGAAGAGAUCGGUGGCAGCAAGCGAGGAUGACGAUGCGUCGUCCAGGUGCAACGUUAGCGUGGAGAGGCUGCCGGCCAAGCUGGUAGCGCGCUGGGACGGAGACUUGGGCUUGCGCUGCGAUGUGCUCGUCUACACCACUAACAGCCACGGAAAGGCGUUUUUCUCAGCCGCCUUUAACCGCGCCGCGUCACCCGUUUUCAUCGAGCACGUGGGCGUCGCGGGCGCGCAGCAGGAGUUCAGGCUGUGUAUCGGAUGCGGUCUCUCCCGAUUCAGUCGCUUCGGCCGAUCCAGACCGGACACGGCGGACAGCGUGCACUUCUGUUGCCUUGACUUCGCCUUGGACGAACUCAAAGGGGACCGGAGCUGGAGGCUGAAUCGUAAGCCCAUUGAGUCCACGCUCGUCGCCUGUUUCAUGACUCUGGUCAUAAUCAUAUGGAGCGUGGCUGCCCUCAUAUGGCCGGUGCCCAUCAUCGCGGGCUUCCUGCCCAACGGAAUGGAGCAACGGAGACCCAGAUAAACCAUUUUAUAACCAAACUGGCUUACUUACUUCACCGUGCGCCAAUUUAGUUAAUUGGCAUAUAGGAUUGUCAGAUAGUAAUAUUAAAAAUGUUUAAAAGUAAAAACGUCUUUAUAUAAAAUCUGUAAAAUGUGUAUAUUAGACUGAAUGUGGUUUUUAUAAAUCUAUGAAUAGAGAGUAGGCCUGAGUAUUAGCCUAUGUUUUAUUCAGCUGUCUCUUAAACUGUUUGUAUUGUUUUUAUCGUAAACGUUCUUCAUAAUAUUAAAAACAAAACUGUAGAAACGUUUCCUGCAUUAGUUAUGGGGAUUUUUUUUUACAGCAACAACAAAAUAUUGUCCUCAUUGGCUUAACUGUAUUUAUAUUUGUAAGAGCUAAUAAAAUGUGGAAGCCAUUUGUGGAAAAUGCA